UCCACCUACUCCUCCUCCUGUCGUCUUAACUCGCCGGAGUUUUACCGCCGGUAGAAAGUGUCAGAACUUCUUCAACAUGAACCCUUCAAUUCUUCUAACACAACAGCCAUCUUCUCCUAACACUACUAUCCUCUUCACCCCAUUUCUUAAUCCUACGCCUCUCAAAAUCACAACAAAUUUCCUCACCUUUAAUCGCCGCCGGCACAGAUACAGCUGUCGCAUCCCUGUCGUUCGUUGUUCCUCAUCGUUAUCAUCAGCAGACCAACCUUCCACCACCACCACCACCACUCCCGUAACCGAUGUGUUUGGAGGGAAGAAGGAAUUGUCGGCAUUCCAAUCAAUUGUGGAUUCUAUGUCGCCGGCUGUUAGGUUAGCUAGCUCGGUUGUUGUCGUUGCCGGCGCCGUUGCUGCUGGGUAUGGAUUGGGGUUACGUAUUGGUGGGUCCUGGAAUGCUAGUUUGGGUGGGGCCGUUGUUCUGGGUGCUGCCGGUGCUGGCGCUGUUUACGCGUUGAAUUCUUCGGUUCCGGAGGUUGCUGCCGUGAGUUUGCAUAAUUACGUGGCGGGUUCAGAUCCGGGGGCAUUGAAGAAAGAAGAUAUUGAAAGCAUUGCUAGCAGAUAUGGUGUUAGCAAGCAGAAUGAAGCUUUCAAUGCUGAGCUUUGUGAUAUAUAUUGCCGAUAUGUUUCUUCUGUACUUCCUUCUGGAGGUGAAGAUCUGAAUGGUGAUGAAGCUGAUAUUAUAAUUAAAUUCAAAAACUCGUUGGGAAUUGAUGACCCUGAUGCAGCUGCCAUGCAUAUGGAGAUUGGUAGGCGUAUUUUCAGGCAACGGUUAGAAACCGGUGAUCGCGAAGCAGAUGCAGAACAGCGUCGGGCAUUUCAGAAGCUGAUUUAUGUUUCAACCCGCGUGUUUGGUGAGGCUUCAGGCUUUCUUUUACCUUGGAAGCGUGUGUUCAAGGUUACGGAAUCACAGGUUGAGGUUGCUAUACGUGACAAUGCACAACGGCUGUAUGCUUCCAAGCUAAACUUAAUUGGCCAAGAUGUUAAUGCUGAAGAUCUUGUUAGUCUGAGAGAUGCACAACUACAGAGUCGACUUUCAGAUGAGCUAGCGGAAGACAUGUUUAGGGAGCAUAUUAGAAAGCUUGUUGAAGCAAAUAUAUCAAAAAGCGUGAACGUACUCAAGUCCCGGACAAGAACAGCCAGGGAAGCCAAGCUCAUUGUUGAGGAACUUGAUAAGGUAUUGACAUUCAAUAACUUGCUAGUCUCGUUGAAGAACCAUCCUGAUGCUAGCCGCUUUGCACGUGGGGUUGGUCCAAUUUCUUUGAUAGGCGGUGACUAUGAUGGUGACAGAAAGAUGGAUGACCUAAAGCUCCUCUACCGAGCAUAUGUUGCUGAUUCUCUAUCAAUGGGUCGUAUGGAGGAAGACAAGCUUGCUGCACUGAACCAAUUGAGGAAUAUCUUCGGCUUGGGUAGAAGGGAAGCUGAAUCAAUUGCAAUAGAUGUUACCUCCAAAGUAUAUCGUAAACGUCUUGCCGAAUCCGUAACCGGUGGCGAUUUGGAAGCUGCAGAUAGUAAAGCAGCCUUCCUUCAAAAACUUUGCGAGGACUUGCACUUCGAUACCGAGAAGGCCAUUGAGAUCCAUGAAGAAAUAUACCGACAAAAGCUUCAGCAAUCCGUGAAAGAUGGAGAGCUUAGUGACGAUGAGGUUAAGGCGCUGGAGAGGUUGCAAGUUAUGCUUUGCAUUCCUAAACAAACGGUUGAGAAGAUCCAUGAGGAAAUAUGUGGCGCUUUAUUCGAAAAGGUUGUCAAGGAGGCUAUAGCUUCAGGAGUAGAUGGGUAUGAUCUCGAUGUUAAACAGUCCGUAAGGAAGGCUGCAUAUGGUCUACGGUUAACAAGGGAGGUGGCCAUGUCUAUUGCCGGCAAGGCUGUUCGGAAAAUUUUCAUAAGUUACAUUCAAAGAUCACGAGCAACAGGUAGUCGUACAGAGGCUGCAAGAGAACUAAAGAAGAUGAUUGCGUUCAACAACUUGGUGGUGACGGAACUCGUGGCGGAUAUCAAAGGAGAAUCACCCGAGACCACCACGACUGAUGAGGUCGUUAAGGCGGAAUGGAAACCCGUGGAGGAAGUAGACGAUGAAGAGUGGGAGUCAUUGCAAACGCUUCGAAAAGUCAAACCGAGCCAAGCGAAUAUCGGGAAGACAGGCCAGACUGAUAUAACCGUCAAAGACGACCUUCCCGACAGGGACAGAACUGACCUUUACAAGACAUAUUUGCUCUAUUGUUUGACCGGAGAAGUCACGCGGGUCCCAUUUGGCGCACAAAUCACCACAAAAAAGGACGACUCUGAAUAUGUUUUCUUGAAACAGUUGGGCGGAAUUCUUGGCUUGAACGACAAAGAAAUCGUUGAAGUCCAUCGGAGCUUAGCCGAACAGGCUUUCCGGCAGCAAGCCGAGGUGAUUUUGGCAGACGGGCAGCUGACAAAAGCCCGAGUUACGCAGCUAAACGAGUUGCAGCGGCAGGUCGGAUUGCCAUCCGAGUAUGCUCAAAAGAUAAUAAAGAACAUAACGAGCACAAAAAUGGCGGCUGCUCUUGAAACCGCCGUGGGCCAGGGACGGCUCAGUAUCCGGGAGAUCCGUGAGCUCAAAGGAUCUGGGAUCGAGUUAGAUGUGAUGGUGUCGCAGAGUUUACGACAGAAUCUUUUCAAGAAGACUGUAGAUGAUAUAUUUUCUUCAGGGACCGGAGAGUUUGAUGAAGUGGAAGUGUACGAAAAGAUCCCGGAAGAUCUCAGUAUCGAUGCCGAGAAGGCCAGAGGCGUUGUUCACGAACUUGCACGAACUCGGUUGUCGAAUUCUCUGAUCCAGGCUGUAUCGUUACUUCGACAGAGAAACACUUCAGGGGUGGUUUCUUCUCUGAACGAUUUGCUAGCGUGUGACAAGGCCGUACCCGCAUCACCGUUAUCGUGGGAGGUGACCGAAGAGUUGGCGGAUCUUUUUCUAAUAUAUCUGAAGAGCAAUCCGGCACCCGAAAAGCUGUCACGAUUACAGUACCUGUUGGACAUCAACGAUUCAACAGCCGAAGCGCUGCAAGGGAUGAAGGAUCGAGCAACACCAAGUAGCGGAACUAGUGAAGAGGAGUUUGUAUUUUGAGCUUGUUUUCUGUCGACGAUUAGGCAGGCGUUAUAGGUGAGGAACGAGUGACGGGUUUUGACCUGCUGAGAAUUCGAUUGCUUGAACGUGUAUUAUUUUUAAAGACCGUAAUGGCAUUAGAUAUGUCCCGGAUCAUGCAUCUGUGUGGGGGUUUACCGCGUCUGUUUUGGUUUAGUAGAGAUGUUGGAGAGUAUGUAGAUGAUGAUGAUGGACCUUCUUUUUGUCCGAAUAACGUGAUCGUGGAGAGGGACUGUAAAACGACCAUCGUAUUUGUUGUAAAAACUAUGGUGAAUUGUAUCAAAAUACAAUGAAUUUUGCCUUUUC